ACUUCAUAUACUAUGUAGUAGUAGAUAUAUUUGCCCGAGAUAAGAAGACAGGGUCAUUGCAUCCGUUGGUCUUAUUUUCCUUCCAGAAAGGUGCUAUUAACUGCUCUUGUCUUACCCCGUCUUACCUCGUCUUACUUAUGCCCUGUAGGCUACAGCCUUGCCAGUCUCUGUUUACCUACAUCCUAUAUCCUCCUUCGUUUGUGGCCUAUUCAACUCUCCCACCAUGUCAACCUCCAUUGGCGAUACUGGCCCUCUGCUCAUCCUCGCCAUCGCCGGUCCUGUAACUUACUUCCUUGCUCGCAACAUGUUUGGCCACGACUCCCGUGAGCCGCCGCUGGCGCCGGCCUCCAUCCCCCUCGUAAGCCAUGUCAUUGGCUUGUCGCGCAGCUCGUUCGACUACCACGUUGAGCUCAGCAAGCAAAUCAACGCGCCCAUCUUCACCAUGCCCCUUCCUGGACAGAAGAUGUAUGUCGUCACCCAACCGGAGCUCAUCCAGCUAGCGCAGAAGCAGCACCGGACGCUCGCGUUUCCGCCCAUCGAGGCCAAGUUCGCGACUACGGUGGUCGGCCUCAGCCCGGAGGCGCAGGCCAUUCUCGCGCGAAACGUCAACGGUGACGACGGCGACCAUGGCCUAUCGAUGGAGACGUACGCCGCCAUGCGCGCCGCGCUGCACCCGGGCCCGGCGCUCGAUGACAUGAACCGCGCCAUGCUUGUCGAGAUUGGCAAGGCACUCGACCUGCUGCUGCAGCCAGCAGCGACGGGAGAGAAGACGACGUGCAGGCGGCUCGGCCUACACGCGUGGCUGCAGGAUAAGCUGACAGUAGCCACGACGCGCGCCGUCUACGGCCCGCAGAACCCGUUCGACGACAAGCAGGUCGCCGACGCGUUCUGGGAGUUCGAGGGCGGCCUCAUGUCGAUCCUAGUCGGCUUCUUGCCGUCGAUCACGGCCCGAAAGCCCGUCGCAGCACGCACCAAGGUGGCGCAGGCGUUCGAGAGAUACUACAAGGUGGGCGGCGUGGAGCAGGCGUCGGCCUACGCUAAGAACCGCUACCAGGUCGAGGUCAACAACAAGUUCCCGCUCAGGGAUACCGCGCUCUCUUCGGUGGGCGGCACCAUCGCGCUGCUGGUCAACACGGUGCCGGCCCUAUUCUGGGUUCUGCUGCACCUGUACCAGUACCCGGGCCUGCUGCAAGAAAUCCGGGACGAGGUCGACGCCUGCAUAGAUGCCAAUUCCACCGGCACUGCCCUUAAGAUUAUCGACAUGGUGCUACUCAAGGAAAAAUGUCCUCUCCUACUAUCGGCCUACCAGGAGGUCCUCCGGUACCGCACCAUCGGCGCAUCUGUGCGCGAGGUUAUGGAAGACACGCACCUGGGCCCCUACCUCCUCAAGAAGGGCGCCAUGCUGCAGAUGCCCUCGCGCGUCAUCCACACCGACACAACCCUUUGGGGCGACACGGACUUCCGCCCGCGCCGAUUCCUCGCGGAAGAAAAAGAGAAAAAGUCCCGCCCCCGCGACGUGUGCUUCCGUGCCUUUGGCGGCGGCAAGACGCUGUGUCCCGGACGACACUUUGCGACGAAUGAGAUUCUUGCCGUCGUCGCGUUGUUCGUCGCGCGCUUUGACAUGAAGCCGGUUGAUGGCGGGGAGUGGAAGUUUCCGACAACGGCGAAUACGAAUGUGGCGGCGGCGGUGAUGGGCCCGGACUACGAUGUCGAGGUGGAGAUUGCGACGCGGGAGGGUUGCCAGGGAGACCGGUGGGCGGUUAGGCUGGAGGCGUCGGAUAAGACGUUUGCGAUUGUGACAGAGGAUGUUGUGGGGGAGGAAAAUUAGGGUUAAAAAAAGAGUUAAAAAAAGGGGGGGCGUCAAGUAUUAAUGUAAAUUAGUCUAUAGGUUCAUAACGGCCCAUCUCUAAUCUGCCAUAUACAGCAACAACAACUUCAAUUGUUCCUUUGCAUGCAAAUUAGGU